CUCUCGUUCAAAACUCAAUACCAGGAUCUCAAAAUGCCUUCGGUUGCAGAGAAGUCGACUUCAGUGGACUUAUUAGCAUCCCAAUUUCCUGUGACACUUCCAAUACCGACACCUACAACCUAUUCAAACUUGUUGUCUAUCAAGGAUGUUCAGCGCGAAGAAGACCUUCUCCGAAACCCAUCCUCUUUUCGUGCAUGGUGGACCGCUAUACAUACGACGAAAGAGGCGUAUAGCGCGCAACUAAAGGCAGAACGACGCGUAAACGUGCCCGACGAAAUUGCGACACUCCUCGGUCCACUCGCGACUUCACUGGCUAGACAUUCGUUGCAGUGUCUAGCUUACCUUUACGAAGCAGCUAUUGUUCAGUUUCCUGGCUCGUUCAAACUAUGGAAGUCGUACCUCCAGAUGAGAAUGUCCUAUGUUCUCGGCAGACAGGUGAUCAAGAAAAGGGCUGGCGGAAGGAAGAAAUUACCGGAAAUGAAAGAUGCUUUAGAGGAGGAGAAGGAGGACCUAGAGUCAUGGGAGGAUGGCCUUAACGGAGUCGUAGGUUGGGGAGAAUGGAGAUCGCUGAUUGCUACAUAUGAAAGGGCCCUCAUGUGGUUACCCAAACUACCCAGAUUAUGGCUAAUGUACACAUCCAUCUUCUUCCACCCUAUGUGCCCAUCUCUCAUCUCACACACGCAUGCUCGUCGGACAUUUGACCGAGCUUUGCGUACUCUACCGCCUUCACUACAUUCCCGAAUAUGGGUUCGAUAUCUACUCUGGGCCGAGACGAAGGGCGGAUCUACCACAGUGUCCGUCUACCGGCGUUACCUUACUGUUGAUCCAAGUGUUACCGAACACUACACCUCCAUUCUCCUCUCUCCUGUAGACUCUGUACCACGGCCUCUCGAAGCUGCCAAGCUCUUGCUCUCACUGGCAAGAAAAGCGUCACGAGGGGAGUAUGUCAGUCCUGAAGGGAAGAGCUCGUAUCAGCUUCUUGGAGAUUUCCUUGAUAUUGUCGAGCGAUUUUCUGACGAAGUUGGGUUUGACGUGGAAGCCACAAUCGAGUCCAAUGAGGUAUAUGCGAAAGCCGACGCGGAAUCUUCGCAAACGGAUGGGCAGCUCGUACGUAUGGAUGGACCCCCUGUUCCGGUUGGAACUGAUGGAGCAUACGAUGAGGAUGAAGAUCCUCUCAGCCCACGGAAGCUCAAUAUAGAACGCAUUGUCCACAAGGACGGUCUUGAAGUUUAUAAAGACCAAGCUGGCCGUCUCUGGACUGGACUCGCGACCUACUGGACCAAACGUGGCGAGUUUGAUCGGGCGAUAAGCACCUUUGAAGCGGGCAUCGCAACGGUAUUGACGAUCAGGGACUUCACGCAGAUUUUUGAUGCAUAUGCAGAGUUUUGCGAGUCAUUAAUCAAUGCAAUGAUGGAAAGUCUCGAGAGUCCAGAAGAAGAUGACGACGACGAAGACACGAAGGAAACUGAACGAGAGAUGGACGUUAAGAUGAAGGAGUUCGAAGCUCUUAUCGACAGAAGACCAUUUUUAGUCAAUGACGUUCUACUUCGAAGAAAUCCAAACGACGUACAGGAAUGGGAAAAAAGAGUUGCUCUUUGGGGCGAAGAUGAUGAAAAGGUGGCCGACACGUACACCAAAGCAUUGGAGACUAUCAACCCCCGCAAGGCUACUGCCAACCUCCAUAGACUUUACGUUAACUUCGCCAAGUUCUACGAGGAAGGUGGAUCCUCAGGUUCGGCGGAGCCUGACUUGGAUAGCGCCCGUAAAAUUCUCGAGAAAGCCACCAAAAUAAAUUUCAAAGCGGUCGAGGACCUCGCGGAUAUUUGGUGUGAAUGGUCAGAGAUGGAGCUUCGACACGAAAACUAUGACGAGGCUGUCAGAGUUAUGCAACGCGCUGCUGCCAUUCCUAAAAAUACCAAGAUCAAUUAUCAUGAUCAUUCACUACCCGUCCAAGCCAGAUUAUUCAAAUCUUUGAAGCUCUGGUCAUUCUACGUUGACCUUGAAGAGUCAAUAGGGACUGUUGAAUCGACAAAGGUUGUCUAUGACAAGAUUAUGGAUCUGAAGAUUGCCAACGCUCAAGUUAUCGUCAACUACGCUGCUUUCCUUGAAGAAAAUCAAUAUUGGGAGGACAGCUUCAAGGUGUACGAGCGCGGCACAGAGGUCUUCACUUUCCCCAUAUCAUUUGAAAUAUGGAAUAUUUAUUUGUCGAAAUUUGUGAAGCGAUAUGGAGGAUCUAAGUUGGAGCGAGCUCGUGACCUGUUUGAACAAGCACUAGAAAAAUGUCCACCGAAGUCAUGCAAGCCCCUGUUCCUGAUGUAUGGUCAAUUGGAAGAAGAUUAUGGUCUAGCAAAGCGGGCCAUGUCUAUUUAUGAGCGUGCAACUCAGGUUGUCGCCGAUGAGAACAAAUUUGAGAUGUACACUAUAUACAUCGCGAAGGCCACAGCUAAUUAUGGCCUACCAGCCACCCGCCCAAUCUUCGAGCGCGCACUCGAGGUUCUUCCUGACAAGCAAACUGCUGAGAUGUGUCUACGUUUCGCAGCAUUGGAACGCAAACUUGGCGAAAUCGACCGGGCUCGCGCCAUUUAUGCACAUGCUUCCCAAUUCUGCGACCCACGCGUCAAUCCCAAGUUCUGGCAGGAGUGGAACAGUUUCGAAAUCGAGACGGGUUCGGAAGAUACAUUCAGGGAAAUGCUUCGUAUCAAGCGGAGUGUCCAAGCCCAGUUCAAUACCGAAGCAUCAUAUCUCGCUGCCCAGACGUUGUCGGCGCAACAAAAUGGUACCUCAGAGCAGUCAUCCGCUGCACAGCCAGCAGACCCGAUGGCUGCUGCAGAACAAGCAAAAGGUCCCGCAUUCGUUGCAGCCAAAAAGACAGCUCUUCCAAGACCAGAUGAGGACGAAACCUCGUCUGCGCCAGACUUGGCGCCACAACAGGCAGACAACGCUGAUGAGAUUCAUAUUUCCGACGAGGAAGACUCAUGAAUGGUGAUAUAUUAUUGUUAUAUUACAUUGGGAGUGUUGUUACUUUUUCUAGUUGUCUGUAUUAUCUUGUGUCCCAUUUUUCAACCUCUGCUUCACAAAGGUCCUCCCAUUUUGCGUCCCAACCGUCAUCUCUUAGGAAAGGCU